AUGGCUAGUUUAGGAACAGGUGUAAUUAUUUUAAUUGUCAUAUGGGUUAUUACUGUAGCAUUAUUAACAUUAUUUACAUUUGCUCAGUCAAGUGUUAGGUAUAUUGGUUUACUGUCUCUAGUAAUCGCUGUCAUAAUUACACUUGUGUUAACAUUAUUACCACGUGGUGAAGUUAACCGUGCAGCAGAAUCGAAUCAGGCUCCAUCUAGUACUGCUGGUCUUGCUCGAAUACUUAUUUUAACAUUUCUUUGUGUUACUUUUCUUGUCGGUCUUUUGCUUGUUUUUUGUCAUGAAGUUCUGCCUCCUGUAUAUGCCCUACCAGUUCGAAAACGUUUUGUUAGAUAA